AUGUUGAUGUUUAUUAUUCUUUUUCAUCUAUGUCUCAUUAAAACCGUACUCACAACGUGUCAUCGGUAUUUUGCAAUCGAAACAAAUUUAAGUGAGGUUGAGGUAAAUAAUUUGAUCGGUGGUUUUGGAGGUACAGUCACUGGAAGUCUACCUUAUCAAAAUGUUUACGAAGUUAGUUACUCCAAAUGCAAUGAAAAUAAAUGGCCUUCAUUUGGUUCCUUAAGACGAUCGCGAAGAAGCAUUCAUGAAACGUUUCAGGAAAGCAUCAAAAGUCAUCCCAAGAUUCAAGAAAUUAAACCACUCAAGAUUCUAAACGUUGAAAAACGUUUCACCAUAUAUAAUUCUCAAUUCGAUGCAAAUGUAGCUGGAAGUUUGAAAAAGACUCCAUUACCGAAAGAAAUGGUGACUGAGGCUGAUGCCGAAUACAAUCGACAAUACAUCGAAUAUGCCAAAAAAAUUAGAACUGCUGUAAAUGUAAAUGAUCCAGCAGCACACUAUGUAUGGCAGUACCUCAAUGAUGGUAGUAGUGUUAGUCCUUUAAUUGGACUUGAUAUUAAUUUAUAUCCAAUAUUCUUGGAGAAUGUCACUGGUAGAGGAACAAAUGUUGUUGUAUUAGAUGAUGGAUUAGAUACAAGUCAUCCCGAUUUACAAGACAAUUAUGAUGAGACAAUAUCUGUUAAUAUGGAUAGACCGGAACAGAAUGGGUUAAGUCCACGUGGACCAAGCAAAAUUAUUCCUGAGAAUGAUGGACAUGGGACAAGAUGUGCCGGUCUUGCUGGCGCAGUAAUGAAUAACAGUUUUUGUUCUCAUGGUGUUGCACCAAAAACUAAAUUGGGAGGUAUACGUAUAUUAACUGGACCAGUUACAGAUUUUGUAGAAGCUAGAGGUUUAUCGUAUAAAGUUGAAUUAAUCAAUAUAUUUUGUUCAUCAUGGGGACCAUCUGAUGAUGGUAUUACAAUGGAUCUACCACAUAAAUAUACAAAAGAUUCAUUAAGUUAUGGUUUAGCAAAGGGUCGAAAUGGUUUAGGUUCAAUUUAUAUUUUUGCUUCUGGAAAUGGUGGUUUAUUUGGUGACAGUUGUGGUGCUGAUGGAUUUGUCAGUUCACCAGAUGUAAUUGCUGUUUCAGCAAUAGAUAAUCUUGGUCAAAAAACUAUGUAUUCAGAACCUUGUUCUGCAAUUCGUGUAUCAGUUCCUGUUGGUGGAUCACCUGAAUUGUCUGAUAUGAAUAUUUUGCCUACUACAAUGGAAAAUGAUAAAUGUAUGAAGAGUUUUAUGGGUACCUCAGCAGCUGCUCCAAUGUUCGCAGGAUGUCUAGCAUUAGCACUAGAAGCAAAUCCUCAAUUAACAUGGCGUGAUAUAUCACAUUUAUUACCAUGGAGUUCACGUAUACCUAAUCCAACUGAUAAAGGUUGGUUAGUUAAUGGUGCUGGAUUAUUUUAUCAUCCAUAUAUUGGAUAUGGUACAAUUGAUUGUUAUCGUUUAGUUAAAUUAGCACAAAAAUGGAAUUUAAUUGGACCAUUAUGUGUUUUAAUUUAUAAAAAUGAAUUAUAUAAUGUACCAGAUAAUUGGGCUAAUUUACAGGGUAAAAAGAAAACAGAUAAUUUACAACAUUUAUUUCAAUGUGAUGAUCAAUGUUCAAAAAGUAUUAUACAUCAAUAUAAAUCGGAAUAUUCACAAAGCUGGCCACUUAAAUCUAAAUCCGACACCGUAAUUUAUUUCAAUAUAACUGAUUUAUCUGGACUUACUAAAUAUUCAUUAGCACAGAAUAUUGCUGAAAAUACACCAUGUCAAGUUGAUAUGGUUGAACAAGUUAUUCUUCAUAUAAAAUGGAAACAUUCAUGUCGUGGAAGUUUAGAAAUGCAUUUAAUCAGUCCAUCCAAUACUGAUGCAUUAAUAUUAGGUCAACGAAAAUUAGAUACGUAUACAGGUGAAGGAUCAAUGAUAUUUACAUCAGUGGUACAUUGGGGUGAAAUAGCCGCUGGUUUAUGGAAGUUAAAGAUUCAUGAUCAUGGACAAUGCGAACCAAAACAAUCCACUGGUAGUAAUAAUCAUAACAAUAUCAAUGGUUUCAUCACAAGUGUUCAGCUAACAAUUCGUGGAACAUCUAAAAAUGACAAUGGAUUUACUAUGAAUAAAAACGUACUAGAACCAUUAUUGACAACAGUUGGUAAAACAGCUUUGGCCACUCAUUCUGGACAUGAAUUACAAGCAGAAGAAAUUAAAAAUACAUUUAUAGAACAAAGAGAUUUAUCAUUUUCACUUUCUAAAUCAAUAUUUUACAACCUCCAUGAUGGACGAUGCCACUGGAUCGUUAACUUUUUGGUGCACGGGUUGAUUAAAUUAAGUAGUCAUUCAAUUUAUUCUUGUGGACGAAAACGCUUUUUUUAUCAACCUCGUCUUAUAAUGGUUACGAAGCAACGUUUAAAACUUGAUUCGAAACUGUUUCUAGCUAAAAUAAAAGAAGAUCGUAAGAAAAUUUUUAGUAUGGUGGAGAAAUUAGCGGAACACUCCGUUUUAUUCAAACAGCAUGCCAAAGAAUUUUCCAAUACGGCAAAACAUCUUAUCUCUGUUAUGAAAUCUACAGAUGAUCAUAAAGUUUAUCUAAACUCCAUAGCGGAAACAGAACUCAUUGUUUUCUCGUUGAAUGUCAUGCUAAAAUCAUCUGGAGCUCGUCAUAUUUUAGUUGAAAAGGAAUUGUUUGCCUCAUUGAAUGAAUUAGAUCAAUCACUUAAUAGUAUUUCACCUCCAUUUAAUGAUACAACUUUGAGAGAGCUGUCUAUCCAGUACCGAAAUAAAGAUCAGCAUAAUUCAAGUGAACAGGACCCGGGUCCAGUGAGAAUUUCAUACGACAAUAAUGAUACUGAAUCAAUUGUAACUAAUCCAAAUGUGGAAGAUUGUCAAACACUAUCUUAUGAUAAUAACAAUAAUGAUGUAACCAUGAAAUCUGUCAUUAAAGCUGAUUGCAACUCCUCUACUAAACAGUCAAAACGCAAAUCUCUAAAACGUAUGAAAAAGUCUAGUAGUAGUGAUGAGGAGUGCUUGGCUUGUAAAUAA